AUGAGGGUCCAGCUCCAUAAAUCCAUCAUUCAGAAUCAUAAAACGAUUUUCCCCCUCCAGUGUCACAGCACAGAUCAUUUUCCCCGACUGUCCUCACCUUACAGGUUACAGAAACAGAGGCAGUCAUGUCAGAAGGGUAAAAAAAGACAAAGUACUCUGCGACCCGCAGACUGCUGUUAAAGACCAAACUAAUAAAGAAGGCAGCGACCAUGUUGGUGGCCGAGAAGGAGGAGAAGAGGGUCGAGAGGGAAAACACCCUAAACGAGAGAGUUCCCCCUCUCCAGCUGUCAGGUCUCUCUCUACAGGAGCUUCAGGAACUUUGCAAAGACCUGCACCGUAAAAUUGACGUCACGGAUGAAGCUCGAUAUGAUCUAGACGUGAAAGUGAGCAAAAAUGAAACGGAGAUUCAACAUCUGAGCCAGAAGAUCUUUGAGCUGAAGGGUAAAAUGAAGAGACCCAAUCUGAAGAGGGUGAAGAAGUCAGCUGAUGCUAUGCUGGGGAGCCUGGACUCCAAAAUGACGACCAAGUCCAAUGAUUUCAAGGCCAACCUCAAGACUGUCAAGAAGGAAGAGGAGAAGAAGGAGGAGGUGACUGACUGGCGAAAGAACGUGGAGGCCAUGUCUGGCAUGGAGGGAAGGAAGAAGCUGUUUGACGCCGGACAGUAAACAGAUGAUUAAUAUCUGAACUUGGGGCCCUAAGAAAUAUCAUUUGCUGGAAGAGACUCCACAAUGAAGAGUGUGGCACUUUUAACUCUGGGGAUGUGUUCAAUUAAAGACAAUAUAUUACAUCACUGCAUCGGAAACAUUUGUUUUUAAAAUUUAACUUAUUUUGCUCUUCUGGAAGCAAAUGUUAUGCAGAGAAGAAACAGUUUUAUGAAUUAUAUGAAGUCAUGUGACUUCACUUUAUAAACAUGUUUAUGUUUUUUUGUUUGUUUAUUCUUUAGGGCUUAAUUUUUACAUGUUAAAUCCCAAGGUACAUUGUAUAAGAAAUGUAAGAAAACAGUCUAGUUGGUGUUAAACAUCAUGUAUCUCUUGCUAUUGUAUAGAAAUAUCUAAACAUUUAGGUCAAGUGUGUUGAACUGAGCAUGCUUUAAAUAUCACAAAAGACAAGCUUUUGUGUAACUCCUCUAGGUGUAAAUUCAUGAUGCGCAACUUUGUAUCAUACAACAAUCUACAGUUUAUUUAAAGUUCAAAAUAAUAAGUCAUGUAAAAUGAAAUGAUCUCUGUGGUUUCCUUUGGUUAAAUGGUGUUUCUGUAUGAAGGGUGUCAUUCAUGCAAAUAAAUAUCUCUGAUCA